AUCCUUUGCCGUCCACUCUUCAGCAUCCAAAUCCUCCUCCUCCAACUCCCACCAACGCGUGGAAACUUUCUCCUUCCCUGCCCUGUGUCAAUCCUCAGAAGCAAGUAACGAGACCCCUUUCGAACUCCUUGUUUGUACAAUGUCUCAGGUCCAACACAUUUCAUCAGAUUUCCAGCAAGACUCCUCGAAUGGAACGAUGCAAAUCAAAUCAGACUUUGACAGCGAAUAUAUCAAGAAUGCUUUCAGAGAGCGUUAUUGCAAGUCGUGGUCUCCAUGCCAGAAGAACAAUGUUCUGUUUCCAACAUAUUCUGACGCUUUCGAAGAGGACCUUUCCUCAAUUUUCGACUGCCCGAAGCAAAUGUUCAACAACGCACCACUACCACAGCAAGACCAUCGACCUGUGCCUUGCUUUUGCAAUGCAAAGCUUGUUUCUAGCCUUGAUGACGAGGACCCGGUCGACGAAGAUGAGAUGAUGAUGUACGAAUACACGGAGUCCGGUCAGAACAUUUCGAGGGUUUCAUAUAACAAGAAGAUGGCGAAAGAUGUCUACAAGUGAGAGGAAUUUUUGUGGUUCAAGCGGCUUUAAUUGUACUCUAUUCGUAACUUGCAAGUAUGGUGCAAGAGUGAACAUUAGACUGAAGUAUUAUGAGGGAGGAAACUAGUAUGGUUUCUCCUACUAGUGGAGUCUGAAUGGCUCUGCUCGGAUUCUGAUCGGUUUAGCUGAAGGCUAGGUCUUUCAUACUACAUUAGCUCCCUAUGAAUUGAUUCUAGUGACGUUUGAAAUAAAUUUUUCAGAUCUUG